AUGGGGGACCUCUAUAAGACCGCCAUCAAUAUCGCAACUAUAUUCUCAGAAACAGACUCUACGGGCACGAUUCUCAAUAUCAGUGAUUUAUUCUGCAGAGUAUCAGGAUAUGCAAGACAAGAACUGAUUGGCCAGAAUCACCGUCUGAUCAGAUCUCAACACCACCCUACUGCCUUCUACUGCGGCAUUUGGAACACCAUCGCUAAGGGCUCGGUUUGGAGGGGACAGAUAUGCAACAAGGCAAAUGAUGGUGCUCUGUAUUGGCUCUAUUGCACAAUAAUUCCUGUAUUGGCACCAGACGCAUCUUGCUGCGAUGACGACCAGCAACGAAUGGAGGGGCACAAUAAGGACAGUCUCCUGGUCCAGAAGUACAUCUCCGUGUCAUUUGACAUCACUUCACAAAUUGAGAUGAUUGAAAGACUUCAAUUUCAAUCCUCUUAUGACUCUUUAACCGGCCUUCCGAAUCGCAAUUUACUCGUCGAACAUCUAAUGAAGAGGACAUGUUCGACUCAAGGUCUUCACAAAAGUCCCUUUGCCAUUGGCAUGCUUGAUAUGGAUCGCUUUAAGCUCGUCAACGAUACGUACGGUCAUGUUGCCGGGGACAAGGUGUUAAUUGAGACUGCUACGCGAUUAAGACAAUUAUCUCGACAGGAGGACAUAGUGGCUCGAUUGGGCGGUGAUGAGUUCGUUAUUGUGUGGGAUGAUGAUAACGUUAUUAUGAAUAGUGCUUCUGUCUUGCAUCGUAUCGAGCAUGACGAGAUGGAAGGAAACUCCCUUGGUGUUAUUUUGGAUCGGGUAUUUGCUCAACCAUAUUCUUUGGAUGAUGGAAUUUUAUUGGAAAACGUGAGAGGGAGUCUGGGGAUUGCUCUCUAUCCGGACCAUGGGUUGGAUUUUCAGACCCUGCUGAAGCAUGCGGAUCAGGCAAUGUAUCAGGCAAAGUAUCGAGGAGAUCGCGUUUGCGUGUUUAACUGGGAAUUAGAUAGCAAAACAACGGAUUGA